AUGCCGAGCUCUCCCCCCGGGGGCCAGGUCAGCCCCCCGACCCUGGACACGGUUGGCCUGGUGGACCGGAGUCCAGGAUAUGCAGGGACCUCCAGCCCUGCCCCCACCGUGGAGGAGGGGGCCGCGGACCCCUGGGCCCUCCCCCAGCUGAAGGACACAGGCCAGUCCUGGAAAGAGCUCAGCGCGGCCGGCCGGGUGCGGCGGGUGCUGCUCGGCCUCCUCAAGGCCUGCGGACUCCUAGGCAGCCUCUACCUCUUCGUCUGCUCCCUGGACACCCUCAGCUCCGCCUUCCAGCUGCUGGGCAGCAAGGUGGCCGGGGACAUCUUCAAGGACAACGUGGUGCUGUCCAACCCGGUGGCGGGGCUGGUCAUCGGGGUGCUGGUCACGGUGCUGGUCCAGAGCUCCAGCACGUCCUCCUCCAUCGUGGUCAGCAUGGUGGCCUCCAACUUGCUGCAGGUCCGGGAAUCGGUGCCCAUCAUCAUGGGGGUCAACGUGGGCACCUCCAUCACCAGCACCCUGGUCUCCAUGGCGCAGUCGGGGGACCGGGAUGAGUUUCGGAGGGCCUUCGGCGGCUCCGCGGUGCACGGCAUCUUCAACUGGCUCACGGUGCUGACCCUGCUGCCGCUGGAGAGCGCCGCGGCCCCGCUGGAGCGGCUCAGCGAGCUGGCCCUGCAGGCCGCCAGCCUGCAGCCCGGGACGCAGGCGCCCGACAUCCUCAAGGUGCUGACGCGGCCGCUCACCCACCUCAUCGUGCAGCUGGACGCUGACGCGAUUGCCAACAGCGCCACGCACAACGCCACCAACAGCAGCCUCAUCAAGCGCUGGUGUGGCGCCAGGGAGCCCACGAUCCCAGGAAACAGCAGCGACUGCGGGGCGGCGACCUCGGGCGCCUGCCCCAGGACCGACGGCUCGACCCCCGCGGAGCAGCUGCCCUGCCACCACCUGUUCUCGGGCACGGCGCUCUCGGACCUGGCGGUGGGCCUCAUCCUGCUGGCCGGCUCCCUGCUCGUCCUCUGCUCCUGCCUGGUGCUCAUCGUCAAGCUGCUCAACUCGCUGCUGCGCGGCCGCAUCGCCCAGGCCGUGCGGACCGUCAUCAACGCCGACUUCCCCUUCCCGUUCGGCUGGCUCAGCGGCUACCUGGCCAUCGUGGUGGGCGCCGGCAUGACCUUCGUGCUGCAGAGCAGCAGCGUCUUCACCGCCGCGAUCGUGCCGCUCAUGGGCGUCGGGGUGAUCAGCCUGGAGCGGGCCUACCCCCUCUUACUGGGCUCCAACGUUGGCACCACCACCACGGCUCUGCUGGCCGCCCUGGCCAGCCCCCCGGGAACGCUGCCCAGCGCUCUCCAGGUGGCCCUCAUCCACUUCUUCUUCAACGCGGCUGGCAUCCUGCUGUGGUACGCGGUGCCGCUCCUGCGGCUGCCCAUCCCGCUGGCCCGGCGCUUCGGGGACCUGACGGCGCGCUACCGCUGGGUGGCGGUGGCCUACCUGCUGCUCGGCUUCCUGCUGCUGCCGCUCGCCACCUUCGGGCUCUCGCUGGCGGGGCCCGCGGUGCUGGCCGGGGUCGCGGGGCCGGUGCUGGCGCUGCUGCUCCUGGUCGCCCUGGUCAACGUGCUGCAGCGGCGGCGGCCGGCCUGGCUGCCCCGCGCCCUGCGCUCCUGGGCCUGGCUGCCCCGCUGGCUGCGCUCCCUGGAGCCGUGGGACCGCCUCGUGGGGCGCUGCUGCCCCUGCCGGGCCUGCAGCCCCCCGCCCGCCGCCGCCAAGGAGGCGCACUGCUACGAGAACCCCGAGGUCCUGGCCUCCCAGCGGCUGUGA